AUGGCUCGCAAGAAGAUUGCCCUCCAGUACAUCAAGAAUAAGUCGAGCCGGCGCCGUACCUUGGAUACGCGCAUGAAGAACCUGGCAAGUAAGGCACGCGAGCUUUCUAUUCUAUGCAACGCCAAGGCCUGCGUGUUGGUGUACGAUGAGGGAAAUGCGGCGCCAAAGGUGUACCCAUCGCACGCCGAGGCGGCGGAUCUCCUGAAUAGGUACAGAACCAUGGCAGAGGGGCGGUUCAAGAAGACGGUGAACCAGGAAGACUUCCUCAGCCAGCGCCUCAGCAAGCUCCAGGUCGAGGAAAACAAGGUACGAGACCCCGAGAUCAGGAUCCUGCUACACAAGGCCAUGCUCGGCAGCGACCUCCCCGAUCUCAAAGUCGAUGAGCUCACCAUCGUCAGUAGUAGACUGGAGGAGAUCCUCAAGAGCAUGGGCGAAAGCAUCGCUAAAAUUAGCGGACAACCCCCUGUCUUGCAGCCCCAGGUACCAUACAUCCCUGACAACGUGGACAUGGGCGGGUCUUCGGCAAUGUAUCAGGCGUCCCAGCCAGCUCCGUACGUCACCAACAACAUGGACAUGGGGCCUUUCGCCAUGAAUCAGCAGCCGUCGCCCACUCCAUACGUCACCGGCAGCAUGCACGUGGGGUCUCCAAUGAUGUAUCAGGUGCCGCCACAGCAUGAGGGUUGGCUCGACAAGGUGAGAUCUGGAAGGGACCUCGACGCCCUGGCCCACAAUAGCUAUAACUGCGCUGGGCAUGACGGCGCCAACACCAGCACCGGCGCCGGCUAUAGCACCAAUGGGCACGACGGCGCCGGUACCAGCGCCAACGCCGGCUCUUCCGGUGGGAUGAAGUCCUUGGAUGUGGGGUUUGGUUGGCAAUCGGGCGGCGUCGAUCCUGAAGAAUCAUCUUGGAGUCUUUUCCCUCCCAUGUAAGGUAGGAUGGAGAGAAGUCUUUUCCCGUAGCGUGCAAUGCAUAGCCAGCUACGUGCGUUUCAUCUAUAGUUUGAUUUAGCUUGGCAUAGCUAAAAGGCAGGAAAGGCAACCUUAAUAAGUUGAGACAUUCUGUCUCUCUCGAUGGUGCUCUUUGAGCCUAGACAUUUUUAUUUUAGUAGUUGAAAUUGUUGUUAUGGAUUUCUUCCAUGGUCGCCAUUUUUAUUUUAGUCGUUGAAACUGUUAUAUGAGAUCUCUUCCAUGGUCUGUUUGUUUAAUCUGU